UAAAAUCAAAUUAUGUUUUUAUUUCAUUAAAUUUAUUUGAUCUAAUGCAUAGUAUUAGAAAACCUUAUAGACAUUUUUAUUCUGUGUACAAUCUAGAAGGCUACUGCUACUGAUGGCAACCUGGCAACCUCCAUGUUAAAAUUCCCUACGUCUGGUAAAACACGUAAAGAAUGGAUACGAUUUGUCCAAAAUGAACGCAGAGAAGAAAGUUGGCAACCGUCUACGGCAUCCAAACUGUGUUCGAAGCAUUUCAGGAAAAAGGAUAUUAAAGUUGGAAAAACGGGCCGAGCUUGUUUAAAAAAAGGAUCGAUGCCUUGUGAAAAUUAUGAUAAUAAACCAAAACUCGCUACAUCAGAAAGUGAUGAUGAAUCAGAUUCAAAAUUAGUUAUCGACGAGGUUCAGGAUGAUGAUGAUGAAGAUGAAGACGAAGACGACUCAAAAUCGGAAAACGAUGAUCAAACUGAUUCAAAAUCGCUGACAGAUGACACAUCCAACUCAAAACUCGAUGACCCGGCAGAAAUUUCAUUGAAAGCUGAAGUUACUACAUUGCGAAAACAAAGAUUACGUCAACAAGCCAAAAUUAGUAAAUUAGAACAACAAAAUCAAUUGUUAAAACGAAAAUUAGCUAAAUUAAAAAACUUCGUUAUCCAUUUAGUUAAAAAAUACGAUCUUCAAAUCACUGGUCAAAAAAUUGUCACGCCCCGCAAAUGAAUAUAAAACAUUAUAAUUAGACUACCUAUUGAAAAUUUAUAUUAAAAAUAUAUAAUAUAUA